AUGUAUUGGCUGUGUGUGGCGGCGGCCUUAGCUGCGACCGUAACGGCGCAGGGUCCUUACGAUCUUGAACAAAGAGUGCCAUUUCCGGGCAAAUCGUCCAGCCUAGGACCGCUAUACUCGGCUGGCCUCAGCGCUGGUCAAGGUUUUCGCGAUAACAGCUACGAGGAUAACAUUGUCACGCCUACGCCAACGCCUGUCUACAGGAAUCAAAACGGUCAACCGGCUUUGUACCGUAAACCAUCGGCACCGUCGCUAGAUCAAACGGCUAUCAGAGUGAAUGGACCACCACGUUCCGUUCUUCGAGGACCACCGCCAAAUGCUAGGGAUCCUGAAGAAAUCGAAGAGAAAGAAGAGCCUGAUCGUUUGACAAUCCUCUUGCCUCAAAGCAAAUUCGAUUGUGUGAACAAACAAACCGGCUAUUACGCAGAUGAGGAUCUUAAUUGCGAGGUCUUUCACUAUUGUCAAGACAAUGCUAAACACUCGUGGGUUUGUCCCGAAGGAUUCACGUUCCAUCAGGUUCACCUGAUCUGUAUGCCGCCAAGCGGUGACAUAAAUUGCAAGAAGAGCUCGCAGUAUCAUUUCGUCAACGAGUAUCUCUACAAACCGUUGAACUUGGCGGAAGCUGAGACGAAACCUAACGUGACCCUGAGAUACAGCGAAAGAUAUUUCCCCGCAGACAUUCACCCGGAUGAACGUGAGGUUGGUGACUAUCAAAUUACUCCUUCUGCGCCUAUUCGCCGUCCAACAUCACCUGCGUACGGAAGUCCUCAACCACCAACGUUGAAUAGCAUUCCACCAUCGGCGCGCCCACAGUCAGCAGGUCUUCCACAGUUUCGUUUACCGGUGAACCAAGUUUUCCGCAGUCCCGAGGAGGUGAAUAUUCCUCUUCAGCAUAGACGUCCGCAACCUCAACACCAGCCUGUGAGAAGAUUCCCCCAAGUACGACCUGAUGACGAAGAGUACGAAUAA